GGAGCGGGGCUGCCCGGCGCUGCAGCGGGCGGAGCCGGGGCUCGGCGGGGCCGCGCCCGCCCCCGCCUCCUGGUUGAGCCCAUCCGUGCCGAACCGAACCGAACCGUUCCGAGCCGAACCGAGCCGUGCCGGGCGCUCCCGGCCGUGCCGAGCCCAACCGCACCGGGCGGCCCCGGCGGUACCGGCGGCACCGGCGGCACCGGGCCCCGGCGCUCUCCGCGGUGCUGAACGGCGCCCGCAGGACGCGCCGCCGGCGGGGCCCAAGCCCGGCCCGGAGCGGAGCGGCGGCCGCGGGGGAUGGAGCCCUUCCUGGGCUGCACCGGCGCCGCGCUCCUGCUCUGCUUCAGCUACGCCGGUCUGCGCCCGGUGGAGGCAGACAGCCCAUCAGCUCCAGUAAAUGUCACAGUCAGACACCUGAAAGCCAACUCAGCCGUUGUGACUUGGGAUGUUCUGGAAGAUGAAGUUGUCAUUGGAUUUGCGAUUUCCCAGCAGCAGCGCUUCAUGUGUUGGUAGCUGCAGAGAGGAACGGGUCCGAUGGUCUCCACGUCCCUGGUGGACAGGGCAGGAAGCAGUGGUCUUACAGCAGCAGUGCACAGGGGAGGCCUCUCCACCACUCUCUGCUCUCCUCUCUCGGCUUCCAGAAGAAGGACGUGCGGAUGCUGCGCUUCAUCCAGGAGGUGAACACCACCACCCGCUCCUGUGCCCUCUGGGACCUAGAGGAGGACACCGAGUACAUUGUGCAUGUCCAGGCCAUCAGCAUCCAAGGCCAGAGCCCUGCCAGUGAGCCAGUCCUCUUCAAGACCCCCAGGGAAGCUGAGAAACUAGCCUCUAAAAAUAAAGAUGAGGUGACAAUGAAGGAGAUGGCAAAGAAAAACCAGCAGCUGCGAGCGGGGGAAGUUCUCAUCAUUGUUGUGGUGUUGUUUAUGUGGGCAGGGGUGAUCGCCCUGUUCUGCAGACAGUACGACAUCAUCAAAGACAACGAGCCAAAUAACAGCAAGGAGAAGGUGAAGAACACCUCGGAGAACAGCACCCCCGAGCACCAGAGCGGAGGGCUCCUGCGCAGCAAGUUUCCAAAAAACAAGCCCUCAGUGAAUAUCAUUGAAGCAUGACAGCCUGCCAUCUGAUAGAUGGACUCCAUUCCUCACUCUCACUUCCUGCCUCUGAGCCUUGAUGACUAGGGAGGUGAAAUAUUGUUGGAGCAAUUUGGAAAGAGACCUUAGUGAUUGUCACUUGCUGGCAUACACCUCCUCGUCUCUGUCCUGCAAAACAUCUGGCCAGAAAGAAAAAUCCUGGGGAAAACAAAAAAACCAACCAACAACCAAAAACCUGAAACCCCAAAAUGAAGAUGGAAAAGCAUCAGUGAGACAACUGCUGCCAGUGAUCCCACCCGGAGUCAUGAAUCACCUGGGCUGGACAACUCACGCACGUCUCUCUCCACCCUCACACUCCAUCUUCUCGAAGAGUUUUCCUGUCUUUGGAAGUGUACAAGGGUUUGUUGUAUCUUUAUUUUGUCUCACCGUCACUACAUCUUGACAGUACUGAGGUGAGCUCAGGCAUCAGUCACUGUCACUCCAAGUGAGAAAGGAGAAAAGCUCAUCACAGACACAAUGAGCAACCAGAUUGCUGCUGCUGUGUGCUCUUGGCUUGCUUUGUUCCGUGGAUGUGUGUUGUGUAGCACGUCUUGCAAGUGGGUUUUUCAAAGAAACCCAGAAAAAAAGGCAUAUCCCAGUUUCCAUCCCCACUGCAGAGGCUUUCCUGGUGUUCUCCACCAGUUAGGCUGCAGCACAUUUCCACUGUUGCUGUCCCUCCUAUCUCACACUGGUGCUCUUCAUCUCAAACCAUCAGGGCACGUCGAGCACUGAGGCACAGACCAAGAUGAGGGGACAUCACCAGCCACCAGAAGGAUAAUUUCAACCAUUUUCUCCAUGGUAUUUUCAGCUGGGCCCAAGUCCACCCCCAGUGUGAGAGAAGGUCCAUUAAAAUGUAGCCAGUCAGCAAAAAAAACAAAAGACAAACCUCCUGAUACCGGUUGCUAUGCAAGGUCUCCACUGGCAACAGCUAUUUACUGCUAAAGGCUCUUGCCCAAGGGACCUUUUUCUGAGGGCUUAAGUUCUUAAAUUGCUUCUUUUAGUAGGGUUCCUGUGGGAAGGUCUGCUUCUGCUUACACGUCCUGUCUGCACUGCUCCUGUGACACUGUAAUGCAGGGAUCUGCUGGAGGCAGCCCUCCAGCAAAAGGUGGACAAGGAAGGGGAAGGAGGCUGGAGUUCUCUUCUCUCUUAUGAAGUGCUUGAUGUUUGUAAGCUGACAGGAUCCCCGGGACUGCUGGUGCUCUGGAAGCUGGUAGAGGCAAGUCCAUCACAUGGAAAAGAUUUAUUCUUUGUAGUGUGCCAUGGGGUAUCUGUAUUUAAUUACUCCACAAGACCACUCCAUAUGCACUAGGGGAUGAGGCAAGAAUCUACUUGUUCCAUCAGAUACCAGGGUGGCCUGAGCAGGGAUCAAACCUCUUACAAACCUGCACUCAGAUGAGCCUGGCUUCAAAGUCCCUGCAAAGAAACAGGCUGGCAGGAAGAGUUCAGCCAUCUCUCCUCUUCUACUGUCACCAGCCUUUCCAAAAGAGCCAGUUUGAGAGAAAGGCACUAGGAAGUCCACAUGCAGAUGUGGUGGUGAACAAGUAAAGGCUUCGUGGUGCCAGUUUCCAAAGGCAGGCCAACCCCAAAGGUCUCUUCAGUGGAUCCUUUGCCAGAACAUACUCCUCCAUCACCAAGAGGGAGAGGUCACCACCUCCGAUACAGACAGAGCAAUAAACAUUUUAUAAUGUACAAUAAAAAGAUUAAAGGCAUCUCGUGUCCUUGUAA